AUGAGCAAAAUAGAGGGACCAAAGGAGAUAAUAAGGAAGGUUGAUUUGGUUAUAAUUGUAGUAUUGAUCAGCUUCAUUGUGGGGCCAGGACUAGUUUCAUGUCAGAACAAAGGUUCUGGUGGUGCUGGGGUUGAGAUAUUCGCCCAGCAAAUUUACCGUAGCAUGUCCAAUUAUACAACUGUUUUCAAAGCUGCAAUAAAAAAAGAGUUGGGUUAUUGCAUACUUGAUGUGGACUCUGAUUGGGAUGGGGCGUUCAAUUUCACCAAAGAUCUGAGCUUUUUGACCAUUUGUGCCCAGCAAAUGAAAGGAGAUAUUACACAACGCGUGUGCACAGCAGGAGAAAUAGAAGCCUAUGCCAGAAGUUUUGCUACCAGCACCAAAUCCAACUUUUUGAAGCCCAACAUAAACUGUAAUUUGAGCUCAUGGGUUAAUGGAUGUGAACCUGGAUGGGGAUGUAAAGCUAAUCAGAAAGUAGACCUUAACAGUAACAAAAAGGAGAUACCUGUUAGAUCUGUUGAAUGUCAACCUUGUUGUGAAGGUUUCUUUUGCCCUCAUGGUAUCACCUGCAUGAUUCCUUGUCCAUUGGGGUCUUACUGUCCACGUGCGGAGCUCAAUAAAACUAGUGGAAUAUGUGAACCAUAUCGUUAUCAGCUACCUCCUGGAAAGGCUAACCAUACUUGUGGGGGAGCAGAUAUUUGGGCAGACAUUAUGAGUAGUGGUGAGGUAUUCUGUUCAGCAGGAUCAUACUGUCCAUCUACAAUCAUAAAAAAUCCUUGCAAAGAGGGGUAUUACUGCAGAACAGGUUCUACUGCACAAGAGCGGUGUUUCAGGUUGGCAACUUGUGAGCCUAAAUCAGCAAAUCAGAAUAUUACUGCAUAUGGUGUCCUGGUUUUUGCUGGCUUGUGUUUCAUGCUUAUUAUCAUAUAUAACUGUUCUGAUCAAGUUCUUGCAACUCGAGAAAGAAGACAAGCAAAAUCAAGAGAAAGGGCUGCACAAAGUGUAAGAGAAACACAAGCACGUGAAAAAUGGAAAUCUGCAAAAGAUAUUGCUAAGAAGCAUGCAGUAGGAUUGCAAUCACAAUUAUCGCGUACUUUUUCGCGCAAAAAAACUUCAAAUAAGUCAGAUUUCAAAGGUGUCUUACCACCUAUGGCACCAGGAGGUGCUGGUACAUCAAAAGGAAAGAAAAAGGAUAAAAGCAACCUCACAAAAAUAAUAAAUGACAUUGAGGAAGACCCUGACAGUCAAGAAGGGUUUAAUCUACAGAUAGGAGAUAAAAAUGUCAAAAAGCAAGCACCAAGGGGUAAGGCAUUGCAUACUCAGAGCCAAAUUUUCAAGUAUGCAUAUGGUCAGAUUGAGAAAGAAAAGGCUUUACAGGAACAAAAUAAAAACUUGACCUUCUCUGGAGUGAUUUCAAUGGCCAGUGAUAUUGAGAUAAGGAAGAGACCUACCAUUGAGGUUGCUUUCAAAGAUUUAACCCUCACUUUGAAAGGGAAAAACAAACAUCUAUUAAGAAGUGUGACUGGUAAAAUAUAUCCUGGCAGAGUUUCAGCAGUUAUGGGCCCUUCUGGGGCUGGUAAGACAACAUUUCUUUCUGCUUUAACUGGAAAAGCAACUGGAUGUAACACAACUGGGCAAGUUUUUGUAAAUGGCCAGGAAUCAUCUAUUCGGUCAUACAAGAAGAUAAUUGGUUUUGUGCCACAAGAUGAUAUUGUGCAUGGCAAUUUGACUGUGGAGGAGAAUCUGUGGUUCAGUGCCAGAUGCAGACUCUCUGCUGAUCUACCGAAAGAAGAGAAGGUGUUAGUGGUUGAAAGAGUCAUUGAGUCCUUGGGUCUGCAGGCAAUAAGGGAUUCUCUGGUUGGGACAGUGGAGAAGCGAGGAAUCUCUGGAGGUCAAAGGAAAAGAGUAAACGUAGGACUGGAAAUGGUUAUGGAACCUUCCCUUCUAAUUUUGGAUGAACCCACAUCUGGUUUGGACAGCUCAUCUUCUCAGUUACUGCUUAAAGCACUUAGACGUGAGGCUCUUGAAGGAGUAAACAUAUGUAUGGUCCUUCACCAACCGAGUUACACCUUGUUCAAGAUGUUUGAUGAUUUUAUACUGCUUGCAAAAGGAGGUCUUACAGUGUAUCAUGGACCCGUGAACAAAGUGGAAGAGUACUUUUCAAGCUUGGGGAUUGUUGUCCCUGACCGUGUCAACCCUCCAGAUUACUACAUUGACAUUUUAGAAGGAAUAUUAAAACCAAGUGCAAGCUCAGGAGUAAACUACAAACAACUACCAGUUAGAUGGAUGCUUCAUAAUGGUUACCCGGUGCCUAUGGAUAUGCUACAGAGUGUUGAGGGAUUAGCCGCCACAAGUGGUGAAGGUUCAGCACAUGGAGCAGCCAUGCCUGAACAGAAUGCUGAUGCACCUUCCUUUGCUGGAGAACUUUGGCAGGAUGUAAAGUACACCGUUGAGUUGAAGAGGGACAACCUUCAACACAACUUCCUAAAUUCAAAUGAUUUGUCCAAUCGGUUGACACCAGGAGCGUUCCAACAAUACAAAUACUUUCUUGGAAGAGUUGGAAAGCAGCGACUACGAGAAGCUAGAACACAAUUUGUAGAUUUUCUGAUUUUGCUGAUAGCUGGCCUCUGCUUAGGAACACUUGCCAAAGUGAGUGAUGAAUCGUUUGGAGCAACCGGCUAUACAUACACUGUAAUAGCAGUAUCACUCCUUUCCAAGAUUGCGGCUCUGAGAUCAUUCGCAUUGGAUAAGUUGCACUACUGGAGGGAAAGUGCUUCUGGCAUGAGUAGCCUGGCUUACUUUCUUUCAAAGGAUACGGUUGACCAUUUCAGUACAAUUGUCAAACCUUUGGUUUAUCUCUCUAUGUUCUAUUUCUUCAACAAUCCAAGAUCAUCUGUCAUAGAUAACUACAUUGUUUUGCUAUGUUUGGUGUAUUGUGUCACUGGCAUAGCUUAUGUGUUGGCAAUCUUCUUUCAACCAGGUCCAGCCCAACUGUGGUCAGUGUUACUUCCAGUAGUUUUGACUCUCGUAGCAACCUAUGAUAAUGAAGAAGAUAGCAAAUAUAUUCGUUUUCUAUCUGACCUGUGCUACACCAAGUGGGCUCUUGAAGCAUUUGUAAUAUCUAAUGCACAAAGAUAUGCAGGAGUUUGGUUAAUAAGUCGAUGUGGUGCACUCCAUUCCUAUGGCUAUGAUCUCAAACAUUGGUAUCAAUGUUUAGGCCUUCUUAUUGUAACAGGAAUAAUUAGUCGCAUGCUUGCAUUUUUUUGUAUGAUAACCUUCCAGAAGAAGUAG